AUGAGUUUCAGCAUCAGCGUCGGCGAUCUGAUCAGCGGCAUCGAUUUAUGUCGAAAACUGCGGCGGAGCUUUGCAAACGCCCCGCGCCAGUGUCAACAGAUCGCCGACCAGGUGAGAAACCUCUCCAUUGUCCUGCAAGAUCUUGAAAUCUCUGCUUCCGACUCCAAUCUCGCCGAUACCGACUUGCAAGAGUUGCGACAAAUUGCCGGUGGAUGCCACGACGUGCUGCUCGAGCUAUCAGAGCUUGUUGAGAAGAACUUGUCGCUCCAGGAAAAGGCACCAGGCUCCAAGAAUAUAGCUAAGAGGGCUUGGGCAAAAGUCAACUGGUCUCCCGAAAUCGCCCUCUCCGUGCAGGGCCGCAUCACCGCGAAUGUGACUCUUCUGAAUGCCUUCCAGGCUCGCAUGACGCGCACGGCCACGGCGAGCCUUGCGCGAUAUGUUGAGAGCCAGGAAUACCAAAAGAUACUCCAAUGGCUCUCCCCAGCACAAUAUAGCCGUGAGCAAGCCGAUUUAAUUGCUAGGCGACACCCCAAUACAGGACAAUGGCUAUUGGACUCUCCCGAGUUUCAGCGUUGGCUCGGCACACCAGGCGCAAUCAUGUUCUGUCCCGGGAUCCCCGGAGCAGGUAAAACCAUCUUGGCCGCUUCCGUCAUUGACCACGUUCAGACCAAGGCAAAUGCAGGACAUGGCAUUGGAAUGGCCUACAUUUACUUUAAUUUUCGCCGCCAACAAGACCAAAAGCUUGCCCAUCUCCUCGCAAGCUUGGUCAAGGACCUCGCGCAACAGGAUGCUUUCGCGAUUGAAGCUGUCAAAGCGCUAUUCAAUGUACACGAAAUGAACAACACGAGGCCAUCGACAGAUGAGCUCAAUAAGCUACUCAGUGUUGUUAUUCACUCAUCAUCAUUUCAAAGAAUAUUCAUUGUCGUGGACGCACUGGAUGAGUGUCAGACUGGUGAGAAUUGCAGGGGAAACUUCGCUUCCCUACUCUCUAGUCUAGUUCAAGGCGGGAAAGCGAAUGUCCUUGCGACUUCUCGACCCAUUCCCGAGAUACGAACGGCUUUACAACACAACUCCACCAUCACGCUCGAGAUUCGAGCUUCGGACCAGGACGUACAUGCGUACUUGGAUGGGAAUCUUGACCAACUGCCCAGCUGUAUAAGACUGAAUUUAGAUUUGCAAGACCAAAUCAAAAGCACAAUUGCAAAAGCUGCAGAUGGCAUGUUCCUUCUGGCUCGAAUCUACUUAUCUCAGCUAGAGGACAAGCUCACCACCAAGACUGUCAAAAAAACGCUGAGUUACUUUGAGGAGCAGGGCAAAAAAUGCGCCGACGGCGAGACUGCGAAACUCGAGGUUUUAUCACAAGCCUAUGACCAAACUUUGGAGAGAAUACAUAUGCAAAGACCGGGAUUUCGACUGCUUGCAGAAAAGGCACUGUUGUGGAUUGUGUCUGCUCGCCGACCGCUCAAGGUAAUGGAGCUCCUGCAAGCGCUAGGCAUUGAUGAGGACGAGUCAGUAUUCGACGACGAUAACAUUCCACAACUUGAGGAUGUCGUAUCCGCCUGCGCUGGUCUGGUCAUAGUUGACGAAGAAAGUAAUGUGGUUCGUCUGGUCCACUACACGACGCAGGAAUACUUCGAGCAGCGUCAAGACAAAUGGCUGCCAGAUGCUGAAUGGCGCAUGGCGAGGGCCUGCAUCAUGUACUUGUUUACAUGGGAAAAUCGGGAAUGGCCAUCCAUGGCAAGUCGGACCUUUUUUGCGUCCGAGACGCCAGCGCACAGGCUACAUGAGUACGCCGCCGAACACUGGGGGCAUCAUCUCGCCUCUGCCCCAACUUCUUACCAACUCAGCAACGUGGUGCUGGAUUUCCUGCAGUCCACUAGAGAUCUGAAUCGCUGUAGCGAGCCCCUAUGCUGGGGCCUCGAAAUCUUGACUGAAACCAAGGAGAGACGGGGAGGCAAACAUGCUCUUCAUUUCGCGGCGCACUUUGGGCUUGUGGAAACCAUCAAGGCGCUUCUCGACCACGAUGGAAGACUCGACUCGGCUAAUGUUGUUGACCUGGCCAAUAGGACGCCCAUUUGGUAUGCGAUUCGGUCGGGAAAAGUAGACGUCGUGCAUGAACUUGUCCGUCAUGGGGCCACAGUACUAGGCAGUGCGUCUGGCGAGUACCCAACACCAAUGGCCGUAGCCGCUUAUUAUGGACGGUACGGACUUGUCAAAUAUCUUGUCGAGAAUGGCGCGGAAGUAAAUGAGCCAUACCGCGAGUGGUUUUUCCCCAGAGUGACCACGGCCCUGUUCGCAGCAGCAGGGAGGGGGCACGCCUUGACCGUCAAGGCGCUUCUGACUUGCGACGCUGACAUUGAGUUCGAAAAUAAGGCAGGGGAGGCGUCACUGUUCCGCGCUGCCGCCAGCGGGCAUUUCAAAGUGGUGCAGUGUUUAAUCAACCAUGGGGCAGAUGUCAACGCGAGCAACAGAGAGCUGACGACACCACUCAUGGUCGCUUGUGAAAGUAGCCGCGUUGAGAUUGUCGGGUUGCUGCUAGCCAGCGGAGCGGAUUUUGAAGCAACCGACAUGCGUGGAAAGACGGCGAUGCGCGCCGCGGCCGACUCUGGGGUUGAGGCCAUCGUGCUUGCGCUCAUAGAUGCCGGUGCCAAGAUUGAGGCUCGAGAAAUGUGGUACAACACGCCGUUGCAAACGCCGCUCCUCAUAGCCUGCCAAGCUGGCCAUGCGCAUGUGGCAAGGCUGCUCCUCUCUAGGGGCGCCGACGUCGAGGCGUACCGCAAGUUCAUACACCGCUACGCGCGGUAUCGGGACCCCCAGCCCUCAGACUUAACGCCUCUAUUAGCUGCUGCGAGCGAAGGCCACGCUGGGGUGGUAUCGGUUCUGCUCGAAUACAAUGCCGACAAGGAAGCCACCAACGCAGAGUGGCAGACACCGCUCAUGUUGGCGGCGGCGGGAGGCCAUUACGACGUGGUCAAGCUAUUGGUAGAGUCUGGUGUAGACCUUCACGGAGUCGAUCAAGAGGGGCUAAAUGCAGCCACGUUCAUUUGGAAUGCUUAUAGCAAGAACAAGACGGACCAGAGUAGUCGAUGGAAGGCGGAUGAGGCAACCACUGGGGCCAAGAUCAUGGCCAAGCAACACGAGUUGUUGCAAAUAUUUGCGGCUGCUGGGGCUACAUUGAUCACAUUUGAGUGGGAAGAAGUCGGAAGCGAGCUUUGGGAUGACUGGACGGUCUGGGAUGAUUCCGGUUACCCUGUUGGUAGAUGCAUCAUUACGGAGUCAAUCCUUCAAGUCAACAUGCUAUGA